CUUCGAUCGAACACGUGGUUCGAGCGAGCUUCUAUGCUGGUCAUCUUGCUCAACUGCAUAACGCUCGGAAUGUAUCAACCGUGUGCCGACGAACUUUGUGUAAACACAAGAUGCCAAAUUUUACAGCUAUUCGAUCAUUUGAUCUUCGCCUUUUUCGCCGUGGAAAUGGCCGUGCGCAUAUUGGCAAUGGGAUUCGUUGGAGGUCGAAAUUCAUAUCUCUCAGAAACAUGGAACCGAUUAGAUUUUUUCAUCGUCGUCGCAGGAGCGAUCGAAUAUUGUUUGGACGUGGGCAAUAUGAACUUAUCUGCCAUCAGGACGAUUCGGGUGUUGCGACCGUUGCGAGCCAUCAACAGAAUCCCCAGCAUGAGAAUCCUGGUCAUGCUGCUCCUAGACACUCUGCCCAUGUUGGGCAACGUCCUGAUGUUGUGCUUUUUCGUGUUUUUCAUCUUCGGAAUCGUCGGCGUCCAAUUGUGGGCCGGACUGCUUCGCCAAAGGUGCUACCUUCCGACGACAUUUCCACUGAACGAGGAGCAGCUCUACGAAAAAUUUAAAGUGAAAAACUACUACACGAUUGGCCAAACCGAACACGAUAAGGAUUAUAUAUGUUCAACCGAAAACAACAACGGCAUCCAUCGAUGCGACAUGCUACCGCAAAGAAUAUUCGAAGAUGUACUCUGUAACGGCUCUCCGGCUCGGAGUUUGAACGACUCGUGGUGCAUUAAUUGGAAUCAGUACUACACGAACUGCUCCGCCGGCGAUCGCAAUCCGUUCCAAGGAGCCAUAUCGUUCGAUAACAUCGGACUAGCCUGGGUGGCUAUCUUCCUAGUAAUAAGCCUUGAGGGAUGGUCCGAUAUCAUGUACUAUGUCCAAGAUGCGCACUCCUUUUGGGACUGGAUCUACUUCGUCCUCUUGAUUGUCAUCGGUUCAUUUUUUAUGAUCAAUCUAUGUCUGGUUGUGAUAGCUACUCAAUUUUCGGAGACCAAGAAAAGAGAAAUGGAAAGAAUGCGCCAGGAACGAGAGCGAGCCGGCUCGAGUUCGACCCUCUCGAUGUCCGAAGGCGCAGACUGCUACACGCAGAUCAUCAAGUACCUGAACCACUUAGCCAGACGAACGAAGCGCGUCAUAAAGCGAUGGUAUCGAAGACGCCGGAGACAGCGAAAAAUCAAGAAGAAGCGAAAAGAAAAUGAACUGAAAGACAUCAACGAAGACCCCGAGGGCGAAGACCAGUCGCAUCUAGCCGACAAGCAUGGACAUCGGUGCCAUUCGGAAACACAAAAACUUGAGUCGAUCCUCCACAAAGAAGCCAACAUUGUAACCACAACUGCCACCACGACCUCAACCUACACCUCAACCCUUACACGCAAAGGUAGCCCCAAGGACUACGAGAAACGUUCUCCCGUAAAGGAUGACGCGAAUGCCAGUUCCCAGCACCUCCUGCUGUCGCAGUCCCGCAAUUGCACCUGUCCCUUUCCUUGCGGCGCCUGUUCACAGCAGAUGCAAGCGACGCCUCCUACCAAAUCGACUUCCACAGUGAUUCAAUUCAGUGUCAGCCGAUGCGGGGAUGCUCUGCCGAGCAUCUCGGCCACCGUAGAUAGCAGAGACUCCUCUCAGCAUCAGGAGCAGCAGCGUUUUCAGAAGGAAAGGCAGCAAAUCGGACCUGAGGUGGUUUUCGAUUUCGCCUGCCUUCCCCAGGAGGUGCAAGCCACCAGCAACAGCUGCACCCUCACCGAGCUUCAAUGCCUAGAUAGUGAUUCAGAGUCCCGAGCGCAAGUAGAGCCAUUUACCGCCGGUGGCGUUUGCGCCGUAGCCACGACCCAACCAGAACCGAGGUUAGAAACCACCGAGAGCACAGCACCACCGUUGCUAGACUCCAUCUACACCGCAGCCUCGAGUGUGCCCUGCCAGCCCGAAGCAGCACGUGCGACAGUGUUAGUUUCAAAGAGCACCUGCACAAGUACCAAUUCGACGAACGACGUCAUUUCGAUUGUCUCUAGUUGUCAAGCCGUGUCGAAUAAUAGUCGAUUGUUGUCAACGACGAGUCUCAAAGCAAACGUCGGCUCGACGUCGCCCUGUUCUGGCGAGAGCGAUCCGAACGACAAGCGCAUUACCCAGACUAAAUGUCCAUUACUAGAAGGAGAGCAGUCCACCACCUUCACUAGCGAAAGUCAUACACCUGAACAGUCACCACCAUCACCUACGUCACAACCUGUACCACAGCAACCGCAGCAGCAGCAGCAAUAUAUACUAUCACAGCCACCGACACCGUCGCAGCAGCGAGCGUCGAUCGUCAUACCGCCACCAGCCGGACCUCCGUCCACCUGCGACGGUACUUCCACAUCCAUCAAUACACCUGCAGAAUCGAUGGCAGGAUCGAAAGCAGCACCACAAAGCAGUUCACUCCUGUACAGAGAAGACGUUGAUGUUUCGAGUGACGUUCAACUCCAGCAUCUCGCAACAACUAAUUCUCCAACCUCCGCUACAAGUACGGCGACUUCCACAGCAGGCUCGAUCCCAUGCUCAACAGCCGUAGUAGUAUCGGAGAUCCAUCAUCGCAUCCACUAUCAGCGAGAACAGCCACAACAACACCGUAACCAAGUACUUAGGGCAGCGGAUUCUGGCGUCGAACUGGAGCUCGAUCAUCAUAUCGGCCCGCCAUCGCUCGAAGAUGAUACGGCCUACCUUUGUCUCGGCAUCGGCGGAUCUCCAACGCCGCUCGCGAUCGAGAUCGCUGCCCACCCUCCACAAGGUCUUAAAGACAUCAACGUCUUCAACGAAGGUGACGACGAUACCUUGGAUUCUUGUUCGACGUGCUCGUCUUGCAGUUCUGAAUGCGACUGCUCUGACGAAGAGUGUGAUGAACGAAGGAGACGUCGACGCAAGAAAAACAGAAAACCAGGGAAGUUCGCACAGGCCUGCUCGCGUUUCAGGACCAACAUAAAAAUUCUCGUCGAUCAUCCAAGGUUUCAGCGUGGAAUUUUAGCAGCGAUUCUGGUGAAUACUCUCUCGAUGGGCAUUGAGUACCAUCAACAGCCAGCUGAACUCACUCUGGCUGUGGAAUUGUCGAAUAUCCUGUUCACGGCCGUUUUCGGCCUCGAGAUGGUCCUCAAGAUUCUCGCGGAGGGCUUCGGGAAAUACAUUCAAUCAGGUUUCAAUGUCUUCGAUGGCGUGAUCGUCGUCUUAUCGUCCGCCGAAUUGCUCAACCAAUCAGAAGGCUCCGGGCUCUCCGUGUUGAGGACCUUUCGUCUUCUCAGGAUACUGAAACUAGUCAGAUUUAUGCCAGCAUUGCGACGCCAGUUGUUCAUUAUGCUAAGAACUAUGGAUAACGUGGCCGUCUUCUUUGCGCUUCUAAUGCUGUUCAUAUUCAUAUUCAGCAUCCUGGGAAUGAAUUUAUUCGGUGGAAAAUUCUGUACGGUCGACGCUCUGACUGGCCAGCGCAUCUGUGAUAGAAAAAAUUUUGACACGUUACUGUGGGCGCUCGUCACCGUGUUCCAGAUCCUCACUCAAGAAGACUGGAAUAUCGUGCUUUUCAACGGAAUGGAGAAAACGAGCCCGUGGGCUGCGCUGUACUUCGUCGCCUUGAUGACGUUCGGCAAUUAUGUUCUCUUCAACCUACUCGUCGCUAUCCUAGUCGAAGGCUUCGCCGCCGAAGGUGAACGCAAAAGGACUAUGGAAGCGUUGGCGAAUGCCGAAAAUCAACAGAAACUCAUCGAGGAAACCAACAUCGACACCAAAAUUCUCGAGGAAGAGGAAAUGCAGAAAAACAAUAUCUAUCGGGACCGUCGUUUGCAAUGUCCCAUCAUAACGAGAACGGCAGCCACGCCUCAGGGCAGCCCCAACACCACCUGUGUCGAACUGCCUCUUAUGACGCUUACGACCGAAUCCAUUGACUCCAUCGACCGGAGCUUAAACGCAGAUCUCGAGGGCGGCAUUGGAGGACAGGACAUCCACAUGAAGGUCAUUGGAAACACGGGAAAGGUAAUUGCUUUCACUCAGCCGCCUCAACUUCCCGAUACUCCGUUGCCAAAGCUCUUCGGAUUAUUCGAGCCUCGGUGGUGUUUUCGCAACAAAGAAGACUACGCGCUGUUCAUGUUUUCACCCACGAACAGCAUUCGAGUUCUUUGUACGAAAUUCUCGGACUCUAAGUCUUUCGACUACGCAAUACUGGUAUUCAUCGCUGCUAAUUGUAUAACGUUGGCCAUGGAACGACCCAACAUACCACCAGGGAGUCUGGAAAGGCAUAUACUUGCGGCGGCGAACUACACCUUCACCGUCGUAUUCGCCUUCGAAAUGCUCGUCAAGGUCAUCGCUAAAGGAUUGUGGUACGGUCCACACGCUUACCUGAAAAGCGGGUGGAACAAAAUGGAUGGGAUGCUCGUUUCCAUAUCACUCAUCGACUUCAUGCUGACCAUCGUCGCCGAUGGAGGACCCCGAAUAUUCGGGAUACUACGAGUGUUCCGACUCCUUCGAUCUCUGCGACCUCUGCGCGUCAUCAACAGAGCUCCUGGAUUGAAAUUGGUCGUGCAGACGCUCAUGUCCUCGUUGCGACCCAUCGGGAACAUUGUUCUCAUAUGCUGCACGUUUUUUAUCAUAUUCGGAAUUCUAGGUGUACAGUUAUUUAAAGGAUCAUUCUAUUACUGCGAAGGACCAGACGUGAAAGACGUCAAGAGUAAAGCAGAUUGCGGAGCCAAGCCGGGGUAUCAGUGGGUCAAUCGCAAAUAUAAUUUCGACAAUUUAGGACAAGCGCUCAUGGCGCUCUUUGUACUUUCAUCGAAGGACGGCUGGGUCGACAUAAUGUAUUCGGGGCUUGAUGCCGUCGGCGAAGACCUGCAGCCGAUCGAAAAUUUCAACGAAUGGCGUCUCCUGUAUUUUAUCUCGUUUCUCUUGUUGGUAGCGUUCUUUGUACUGAACAUGUUCGUCGGGGUCGUCGUCGAAAACUUUCACAGGUGUCGAGAAGAACAAGAACGCGAGGAGAGAGCGCAGCGUGCCGCCGAGCGCGCCCGCAAACUGGAGAAACGACGACGACUUCUUCGAGAGCCGCCAUAUUAUGCCAGCUAUUCGAAAACUCGGCUUUUCACACACAACAUGGUAACAUCGAAAUACUUCGACCUCGCGAUCGCGGCCGUCAUCGGCCUGAAUGUGGUCACCAUGGCUCUGGAGUUCUACCAGAUGCCCCUGGAGCUUGAAUACGCUCUGAAAAUCUUCAAUUAUUUCUUCACUGCCGUUUUCAUCUUGGAACUGGCGAUGAAAGUCAUCGCUCUAGGAGUUCCUAGAUACUUGAUGGAUAGGUGGAACCAGCUCGAUGUGGCUAUCGUGAUUCUUUCGAUUAUGGGCAUUGUUUUGGAGGAAAUGAAGAGUGGUUUCAUUCCUAUAAAUCCAACUAUAAUCCGAGUGAUGAGAGUUCUCCGGAUUGCGCGAGUCCUCAAACUUCUCAAGAUGGCGGACGGAAUGCGAGCUCUGCUGGACACCGUCAUGCAGGCCCUACCACAAGUUGGAAAUCUGGGGUUGCUAUUCUUCCUGCUGUUCUUCAUAUUUGCAGCAUUGGGUGUUGAACUUUUCGGUAGAUUGGAGUGUAAUGAUGAAUUCCCAUGCCAAGGGCUAGGCGAGCAUGCGCAUUUUCAUAAUUUUGGUAUGGCAUUCUUGACGCUAUUCCGCGUGGCUACGGGCGACAACUGGAAUGGAAUAAUGAAGGACACUUUGCGAGACAAAUGCGAUUCGAGCUCGGAUUGCGUGAGAAACUGCUGCGUCUCGCCGGUGAUCGCCCCGUUGUAUUUUGUCAUCUUCGUACUGAUGGCACAGUUUGUCCUUGUCAACGUGGUCGUCGCCGUGCUCAUGAAGCAUCUUGAAGAGUCCCAUAAGCAACAGGACGACGAUCUGGAAAUGGAGGCGGAAUUACUAGAAGAAGAGCUUGAGCGCCAAAUGGCAGCAGCAGCUGCCGCAGCUAGACACCAGCAACACGCAUUCCAGCAUAGGCCAAUAAUAAAGAUGUCAUCGUUACCUUCAAACUUCGUCUUCUACUUCACGUCAGAUCACAGCGCUACCGCCACGAGCAACAAUCUGAAUAACAGCAUCAACAAUAAUAACAACAUGAAUAACAACAAUAUUGCUAAUAAUAACAAUGCUAAUAGCAAUGUUCAUACCACCCAAGCUCAAAUAAAUACGAACUCAACAAAUGAAUCCACCCGAUAUCUCGACCGAUUCAACCUGUCGAGCAAUGUUGAAAAAGCAGAUCCAGCAAACCCCAGUCCGGGAUCUUCGCCCGAAGAUCCAUACGACAACAUUCCUAGUCCCGGUCCUGAUGAAGAUUCUCAGCAGCUGUUCGACGACGACGAUGACACAAACAUGAUCGUCUCCGCAAGGGAUGACCAGGCUAUCGUCGCGUCUUUCGCUGAUCUGUCCGCCUGUGGCGAGGAGUCCUGGACCGAUUUGUUUAACAGUGACGCUAGCUGUUGGUCUUCCACUAGGUGA